AUGUGGGAUCCGGCUACCGGCCAGAGCAUAUCAACCCUUGAGGGGCAUAGUGGUUGGGUCAGGUCGAUUGCCUGGUCGCCAGAUGGAAGCCGACUCGCAUCAGCGUCUUUUGAUGAGACAGUCAGGAUCUGGGAUCCGGCUACCGGCCAGAGCAUAUCAACCCUUGAGGGGCAUAGUGGUUGGGUCAGGUCGAUUGCCUGGUCGCCAGAUGGAAGCCGACUCGCAUCAGCGUCUUUUGAUGAGACAGUCAGGAUCUGGGAUCCGGCUACCGGCCAGAGCAUAUCAACCCUUGAGGGGCAUAGUGGUUACGUCAGGUCGAUUGCCUGGUCGCCAGAUGGAAGCCGACUCGCAUCAGCGUCUUUUGAUGAGACAGUCAGGAUCUGGGAUCCGGCUGCCGGCCAGAGCAUAUCAACCCUUGAGGGGCAUAGUGGUUACGUCAGGUCGAUUGCCUGGUCGCCAGAUGGAAGCCGACUCGCAUCAGCGUCGCGUGAUAAGACAGUUAGGAUCUGGGAUCCGGCUACCGGCCAGAGCAUAUCAACCCUUGAGGGGCAUGGUAGAUACGUCAGGUCGAUUGCCUGGUCGCCAGAUGGAAGCCGACUCGCAUCAGCGUCUUUUGAUGAGACAGUCAGGAUCUGGGAUCCGGCUACCGGCCAGAGCAUAUCAACCCUUGAGGGGCAUAGUGAAUGGGUCAACUCGAUUGCCUGGUCGCUAGAUGGAAGCCGACUCGCAUCAGCGUCUAAUGAUAAGACAGUCAGGAUCUGGGAUCCGGCUACCGGCCAGAGCAUAUCAACCCUUGAGGGGCAUAGUGGUUACGUCAGGUCGAUUGCCUGGUCGCCAGAUGGAAGCCGACUCGCAUCAGCGUCGAGUGAUAAGACAGUCAGGAUCUGGGAUCCGGCUACUAGCCAGAGUGUAUCAACCCUUGAGGGGCAUAGUGAUGCGGUCGAGUCGAUUGCCUGGUCGCCAGAUGGAAGCCGACUCGCAUCAGCGUCUGAUGAUGAGACAGUCAGGAUGUGGGAUCCGGCUACCGGCCAGAGCAUAUCAACCCUUGAGGGGCAUAGUGGUUACGUCAGGUCGAUUGCCUGGUCGCCAGAUGGAAGCCGACUCGCAUCAACGUCUUAUGAUAAGACAGUCAGGAUCUGGGAUCCAGCUAUCGGCCAGAGCAUAUCAACCCUUGAGGGGCAUAGUGGCUACGUCAACUCGAUUACCUGGUCGCCAGAUGGAAGCCGACUCGCAUCAGCGUCUGAUGAUGAGACAGUCAGGAUCUGGGAUCCGGCUACCGGCCAGAGUAUAUCAACCCUUGAGGGGCAUAGUGAUAGGGUCAACUCGAUUGCCUGGUCGCCAGAUGGAAGCCGACUCGCAUCAGCGUCUUAUGAGUAUAUCAACCCUUGA